UCGCCUGAUCGGCAUAUCACAGUUUAGCUGUGGAUAUCGCUAAUAAAUCAGCACUGAAGACUGAACUACAGUCGAGGGGAAUUGUUCAACCCGCCUAGGAUGUACCAUUCGAAAGUCAAGGUAGUCCGAGCCGCCCGAAGGCAUACCUCUACUCCAAGCAGGAGUCUGGAGAACAUCGAGGCGGUCUGGUGCAAGAUCAGAGCGGACUCGUUACCAAACCUCGAAGAGAGAAGACCGGAGCCGGUGAAGGUGAUGCACCCCGCGGAGAACGGCUGCCCUGGCCGCGGCAGUAGGAAAAGGGGGUUCAAGCCCCCGGAUGUGAGGACCAUAUUCUCCUCCAGUGAGAGAGAUUCCCAGAUGAGGGGGGAGGGACACACCUUCUACCUUGGUCUUUCGGGCGCAUGGUGCGAUGUUUGCCGCGUAUACAUCCUCCACUUCUCCCUGAUGUGUUCAGGGUGUAAGUAUACGUGUCACCCAGAGUGUCGGGAGCGAGUGUCAUUGGACUGUCACCCCGGCGGUCCUGUUGCCGUUGACACCCCCCUCAGCCAGGACCACCUUAACAACAACACACCGGCCAUUGAUGUGGAGCAGGAAAGGGAGUUACGGACUCAUCUCAGCAGAGAGGAGAUCAGACAGAAGGUCGAGCUGUACAACUCCUCCUCCAAGGACCACCUCAAAAUGACCCUGAACCCCAGUGGUGUGUAUACAGGGUUCAUUAAGGUGCAGUUGGAGCUGAGGAGACCCGUCACAGUACGAGGGGGCCAGGGAGGAGAGGAAGCCUUCUACCUCCCCCAGGGGGCGAUUAACACUCUUCACAUCAGCUCCAACAACACCGUACGACAGGUGAUUCAGGCCCUGUUGACCAAGUUCACCGUAGCUGACAACCCUGCUAAAUAUGCCCUGUACAAACGCUGCCGCAGGGAUGAGCAAGAGUACAUGUGUAAGCUGUCGGAGGGAGAGCAUCCGUUGUUCCUGCGUCUGCUAGCAGGUCCCAACACCGACAGGCUGGGCUUUGUCCUGAGAGAACAGCAGACUGGCGAGGUCAUGUGGGAAGCGUUCUCCAUCGCAGAGUUGAGUAACUUCCUAAGGAUGCUGGAGAAGGAGGAGACUGAGCGGGUGUGUUCUGUGACGCGUCGCUACGACAACUACAGACUCAAACUGCAGGAGGCCAUGAGAGCAGCAGGGGGGCCGGGGUAACUACUAUCCCCGGAGGAGAGAGGGCUGGGAACCAGAAUCCAGUCUAAGGGACACUGAGGGGGAAACUGGUCCAACCUGAUUCAGAAACUGGAAAGAGCUGGAAUAAACUCUAGAUUUUACCUGUGGACCCUAUGUGCAAUACACUAGAUGGACACUAGAGGGCAUCUGUGGUUCCACUGCGUUCAGCCUGGACUUGGCAUUAAGCACUCAAGAGACUAGCUCCAUGUCUUUACUGAGUAGGCCUACACCCCUGUGUGCCAUAUCCACUCUUCUGUUCACUCUUUUUAUCCUUCUGGUUAUUGCCAUUUUUUAUUUUUUUAGAAUGACCUUUUUGAACACGUGAAUGAUUCAAACCCCCGAAUAUUUGAAUCCAUUUAUUUUGCAUUUUUAUUUAAUUGGUGGAUGCAAGGGUUUGUACAUAUUGUCGUUUUUAAUUUAUGUGGGUGAAGCUUUGUUCUGUUUCUUUGCAGAAAUGGUUUUAUUGUGUUCUAUGAAGGCGUGGCAGCAAUCCAACCCCCAAAGGGCCCGACUCGUGUGCUCACUGAUUUCUCUCACCGGGGUUAAUGCACAGAAAACAUAUCAGCAACAUAAAGGCUAGACUGGUUUAUCAUGGAAAGGACACGGUCUUGGAUGAAAUAGAAACUAGAAAAGGCAAAUGAUACAAACCAGAAUAAGAGUGGUGUAUUUAAACUGAAGGUUGUGAUGGUCUUGAAAGGAGAAGCAUAUUUGGUGCAGUUUUUAGUCUGACAGUCACAAGCUGUUUGGGGUUUAGAGGUCAGGAUGGAAAUGUGACCGCUUGUGACCAGACUGAAAGUGGAGUUUGAGCUGACCGCUCACAUUUGACCUCUGGACGGAGACUAGUUGUAUCAGAGGAGAAGAGGUUAGCGCUGUGAGAAUGGAAAGAUUUUUAGGAAGUUGACUAAUGGUUUUAGAGGAAGUAGAUAAGUAAGACUGUAAAAAAACAACAAAUGAAAUGGAUGUGACAAACAAGAGUUUUUGGAGUUCCAUGUUAAAAGAGAUUUUCUAUGCUGAGAAAGUUCAGGGCCUCUUGGAGCCAGCGCCAGGCCAGUGGCCACAGAUAACAUGGUCAUGAAUCGCAGCAAAGGACAAUGGCUAUAUUUCUGUUCCUCUGGUAGUCAUUGAACAUGGCUACAUCUGUCCUAUUCUGCUUCAGGGCUGGUAGGAUAAAGUCAGUUUAUUGUAGAGGUGACGUCACAUGGCCAUGUGUUCAGUGUCCUAGACUAGGAGAAAGCGGCUAGAACCUGUUGCUUUGAAGUUCUCGCAUUUUGCCUCCCUGUCCGUCUCUCUCUCUCAGUACUGUAUUUACAUCUACCAGGGUUGUAUCGAUUUUCUGGUAGUUACAGGAGAGGUCAUUUGAACAGAGACUGUACUUUGGAAUAGAUGGACAAUGAAUUGAAUGGACAGAGCAACGAGUGAGCGCAUUUUGGGCCAUCAACCCUCGGCACAGUAUCAAAACACACUGACCAAAUGCAAGAAUAUAUGUUGAUUUGGCAUGUUUAAAAGCCUUGUUUAUCUGCAAGUACUAUAUGACGUUUUUUCUGAUGGUACUGCAUUAGUUGCCAUGUUUAUCUCUAGAAAGAGUAGUGGUGUGGUUCUAUAGCCCCACCUUAUGGAUAAAUGCUGUAACUGUGUCCUCUCGGUCUGCCUGUUGGUGAUAUGUGCUGUUGCUUAUGUUUUCAUGUUCUAUAACCAAAGCUAUUAUAAAAUGUUUGGAUUUAUUUUAGGUUUUGCCUGAUGCUCCUAGAGGCCUCAAAUUAAGGGAACAUUUUAUAGCUAGAGUUUUUAUUAUAAGGGGUUACACACCCAGAACUUAAUUUACGUUUAAACACUGGGUUAAUGGAAUUAGAUAUGGUAAAAUCUAUAACUUUUUUUAUCCUAAAGCCAUUUUCUUUGCAAUCCUUGCUAGAUGGUGUUGCAAAGCACAGUGUUACAUUGACAGAUACCACUGGCCCUGUGUUAGUUAAAGGUCUGCACAUUUCAGCAUCAGGGCUUUGAAUCAGACAAGUUAAUAUCUAUCUACAGAGCUUCUAUCGGACCAGUUUACGAUCUACUGAAGCUUCUGGGCACUUUACCUUUUAAUUCAGGGAUUUUUCUUUACCUUCUCCAUUUACCAGAUGCCAGAUGCCAAUCUUCCACUAUUAUAAUUCUACACAAUGUUUCAUAAUUAGGCCUUAUUGAAAUGAGUGGCUUUUAUGAAAGAUGUAAGGUGUUUGUACCAUCUCCUGUAUGAUUUGUUAGACUGUGAAAGUUGGUUUAUCUUCAAUUUGUAUCAUGGGCAGCGCUCUCUGGUUAGCUUUGUUAAGUGGGAUGUAGGAGGACGACUGCUAAAGUAACCCAUAUAAAUAUACUAUAAAGCAUGCAUCAUCUACACCUAAUGCAUAUAGGUCUACUAUGUGGCUCUUGGGAACCAGAGGCCAGUACUGUUGAACUUGGAAAUGUAUGAAAGUUUUUAUAGAUAAACAUAAACUAGUUAGAUGCAUAACUGUUAUUUGCCAAAGAUUGCUAGCCCCCCUGUCUCUUCAGCUAUGCCCUAAUGUUCGACGCUGCAGUGCUAUAUGCAGCGACUGUAAGAUCUAUACCUGGAAUGAUUCUGCUGACAGUGUUAGUGAUGGUUCAGUACCAGGAUGUGGAUGAACACAGCAGCUGUGGGCUCAGCUUGGAGGAGACGGGAUUGAACCGACAUGUUAUAAUGACAAAAAAUGUUGCUAUAUUCUAUUUAUAUUAUUGAUGAUGCAGAUUUAUUUUUGUAGGUAACUUUCUUUUUUUUUUCUUUUUUUGCAUUGUUACCAAAUGUGGCCUUCUCUAAAGGACUGAAUUCAUCUAUUAAAGUUUUAAAUUGUACCAAAAA